UUAUGACAUAAAUGUUUAUAUUGUGGAGAAAAUAAAAGAAAAAAAAAAUUAAACAAAGACCAACUAUAAUAAAGUAUAAGAAAAAAAAGAUGCCUAUAUACAAAAUAGCAGUGGGAAAUCCCGGAGAAGCAAGGCAUCCAGAUGCUCUUAGAGCUGCCGUUGCUGAGUUCUUCUCUAUGCUUAUAUUCGUUUUCGCUGGACAAGGUUCCGGGAUGGCUUUCAGCAGAUUGAAAGACAGUGGAAUAACACCAUCAUCAGGAGUAAUAGCAGCAUCAUUAUCACACGCAUUUGGACUGAUAGUUGCAGUUGCAGUUGGUGCCAACAUUUCUGGAGGACAUGUUAAUCCUGCUGUCACCUUUGGUGCCUUUCUUGGUGGUCACAUUACUUUUAUCCGUGCCACUUUAUAUUGGAUCGCCCAAUUACUUGCCUCUGUUGUUGCUUGCUUCCUUCUCCAAUUCGCUACCGGUGGCAUGGAAGUAACAGCAUUCGCACUAUCACCCGGAGUGAGUUCAUGGAAUGCAGUUGUACUUGAGAUUGUGAUGACAUUUGGACUAGUCUACACCGUCUACGCCUUAGCAGUUGAUCCAAAGAAAGGCAAUUUGGGCACUAUAGCCCCAAUUGCAAUUGGGUUCAUAGUUGGUGCAAACAUCUUAGCUGGUGGUGCAUUCGACGGGGCGUCGAUGAACCCAGCAGUCACAUUUGGGCCUGCUGUUGUUAGCUGGACUUGGGCUCAUCACUGGGUUUAUUGGCUGGGCCCAUUCAUUGGAGCUGCUCUUGCUGCUAUUAUCUAUGAUCACAUUUUCAUUGGUGAUGCUGCUUAUACACACCAGCCACUCUCCACUGAUUUUUAGAUCAAAAUUAUUCAUGUUGGGAGCCAAUAAAGCUAGUAAUUAUUACAAAGGGGUGGUCCCACUUUCCCCUUUUAAGGAAAUUUGAAGUUAUAUAUAUAUAAAUAUAUAUAUAUAUAUAUAUGUAUAUAUAUAUAUAUAUAUAUAUAUUCCUGUGCUUUCUUCAAGUGUAUCCAUGAUUGUGGAGAUUGUAAUAGUGCUUUUUAGUUUAAAUUAGUGA